UUUUGCGAGUAAUUGAAUUAAUUUAAAUUUGAAUUUUAAAUAAAUGGAAGCAAUACACCAACCUUUUAUCAGCACAGAUGAUCAUCAGACACAUGAAGGAAACCUGAAGGCAGCCACUAUAGAACACUCAGCAGAGAUAAGAGACUAUAUGGCCGUUCAUGUUCUUUACCACCCAACUAACAGCAGUCACCCAUGCAGCUGUUCAAAAAUCCAUAAACCCAACCCAGAUGUCCAAAACCAAAGAUCUAAAACCCCACAGAACCCGCCAAUCUGUCUACAAUCAGUCCAGUACCUACUGAUGGAUGAUCAACUAACAUUCGGAAAUUUGCUUACUCAAAGUUGCAGAUUAGCAGAUUUAGACUCUUCCCAGAAGAGUUACCUAAGCAUUUAUAGUCAUGCUACUCUAAGCCAUAUGAUUCUUCCUAACGAUGCUAAAGUUUUGAAAUAUAAAACUUUUUGAGAGGUUGUCGAUAACGAAAAGGUUUUAAAACUUGUCAUAAACACGUUCGAUAAUCCCUCAUCCGAACCGAAAAGUUCAACCAUGGAAGAGAUUGAUGAACCUCCCAAGAUUUGAAUCUCUGAGACUGUUGACAAUACUAAUUCUGUUGGAAGAAUACAGCCAAAGUUCUUCAGAACUUCAGACGGUGUUGCUAAGAAUCGUACAUGUCAGAGAAUUCUAUCUCAGCCAGAUCUGCAUUCAAGUUUGGAAUCUAGAAGCAGAGCCACUCCUAAUAAUAACCGAUAUAAUCUCCGAGAAACUUCUGAAGAUGAUAUUAUCAACAAAUUUUCAGAGGAUGAAGGGGACUCUUUAAAGCAGACCCCAACAGAGCGACAAGAGCAGGGCCUUGACCAGAUUUUAGAAAACGAUACUCUUUUCUCAAAGAAAAGGGAUAGAAACUUGAAGAGAGAUAACAAUACCAUUGACUAUUUUAAUGCAGGCACUCAGAAUGAAAUAGAAGAGAAACUAAAAACAAGGUCUUACAACGGAACUCACAAAAGACACGAAACCGUCAACUUCGGAACAGAGGCAAAUUUCCUAACGGAAGAUGGGUUUGAAAAUCACCUUGCGCAUUCAAGAAGGCUAAUUCCUAAAAAGUCAAAAGUCAAGAAGAAUUCAUCAACUAUUGGGCUUAAUAAGAAUAUAUUAAAAGCUAAACUAAUCACAACAAGCUCUUUUGAAAAUUUUAACGAUCCUGUUAAAUUAUGAACUGAACACAGAAAACCAAGGGGAGCUUACUGCUCUAGCAAAAUAGGUUUUGAAGAAGACAGGAGAGUCAGUGAUCAAGUCCGGAUUCCUUCGAGAUUUAAAGAAAAUCUUCUUCAUGACGAUCCACAUUUCCCAGGAAGUGCCUCUAAUCAGAAUUGAUAUAAGAAUAAAUUAAUUAAGAAGAAAUCUAAAACUAAUAGUUUGAACUAUUCAGCUAAGAAUGGAACAAAGGCUGCAUCCAGUAAACAUUCGAGGGUAAACUCAAGAUCUAACAUAAACCUUGGGAAUGAUAUGAAGACAAGCAAUCAAUUAGCGAAGAGCUCAGCAAGAUCUAGGAAACCAAAGCAGAACAGUAGGAAAGAGAAAAAAUCUAGCAAGAAUAGUUCUAAAGGAGGAUAUGUCAAAGGAAAGACAUCAGAAUUCUCCCUUACUGAACACAAUCCUCAUCUUCAUAAGUACAUCACAAAGGAAGACCAGUGUUUAAAUAUGAGAAGUCUCAGUAAUGACAAAGAGAAUAUUUGUCACAAUGAGCAAUCUUCAAAUAGAUUCUCAGAUAGACUACUCAAAGAUGAAAUUUUCGAUAGUAAAGACGACAGCAUUAGCGGAAUGAAUGAACUCAAUCUACUGCAAGAGCUCACCAAUUUUACUAACAUGAAGAUGAUCAACAAGAAGAAACAGCACUGUAUCCACUUUGAUAGAAUCAUUAAGUAAAAAUUCUGGCAUAUUCAAUUAAUCCC